CCGCGUCCCGCCUCCUGCAGGUUGAUUGGUGGAGGUUGGGUGGAGGUUUGUUGGUUGGGUGGAAGUUUGGCGGACUUCGACCACACCACAGAGGAAACACGUUCUUCGUUCUUGCAGGUUUGCAGUGUGACAGCAGCGGCCCGUGAAUUAAACCCAUUCAUCACCAUGUCUACAAACGGCCAGACAAUCAGCAGAGAGACGUGGGACUCCCACAACGCCAUGAUGCUGGAGCCUCUGGCCACCAACGACUCUGAGGUGUUCUCCAUCAUCAAGCAGGAGAAGCACCGGCAGACGUUCGGUCUGGAGCUGAUCGCUUCGGAGAACUUCGCCAGCCGAGCGGUUCUGGAGGCGCUGGGCUCCUGCAUGAACAACAAGUACUCUGAGGGAUACCCGGGACAGAGGUACUACGGCGGGACGGAGCACGUGGACCAGCUGGAGCGGCUGUGCCAGCGCCGCGCCCUGGAGGCGUACGGCCUCGACGCGGCGCGCUGGGGCGUCAACGUGCAGCCGUACUCUGGGUCCCCCGCUAACUUUGCGGUGUACACGGCGGUGGUGGAGCCCCACGGCCGCAUCAUGGGCCUCGACCUCCCUGACGGGGGCCACCUCACCCACGGCUUCAUGACGGACAAGAAGAAGAUCUCCGCCACCUCCAUCUUCUUUGAGUCCAUGCCCUACAAGGUGAACCCAGAGACGGGCUGGAUCGACUACGACCGCCUCCAGGAGAACGCCCGCCUGUUCCACCCCAAGCUCAUCAUCGCAGGCACCAGCUGCCACUCCCGUAACCUUGACUACGCCCGCCUGAGGGCGAUCGCGGACGAGAACGGCGCCUACCUGAUGGCCGACAUGGCGCACAUCAGCGGGCUGGUGGCGGCCGGCGUGGUGCCCUCGCCCUUCGAGCACGCCGACAUCGUCUCCACGACGACGCACAAGACGCUGAGGGGCUGCCGCGCCGGGGUCAUCUUCUUCAGGAAGGGCGUGCGGAGCGUGGACGCCAAGGGGAAGGAGGUUCAGUACAACCUGGAGGCGCCAAUCAACCAGGCCGUGUUCCCGGGCCUCCAGGGCGGCCCGCACAACCACGCCAUCGCCGGCGUGGCGGUGGCGCUGAAGCAGGCCAUGACCCCGGAGUUCAGGGCCUACCAGCAGCAGGUGCUGGCCAACUGUAAGGCCAUGUCCAGCGCGCUGGUCGAAUACGGCUACAACAUCGUCACAGGCGGCUCGGACAACCACCUGAUCCUGCUGGACCUCCGCAACAAGGGCAGCGACGGAGGCCGGGCGGAGAAGGUUCUGGAGGCCUGUGCCAUCGCCUGCAACAAGAACACCUGUCCAGGCGAUAAGAGCGCCCUGCGUCCCAGCGGUCUGCGCUUCGGCUCCCCGGCGCUCACCUCCAGGGGCCUGGUGGAGGACGACUUCAGGGCGGUGGCGGCGUUCAUCCACAGAGGCCUGGAGCUGACGGUGCAGAUCCAGCGCAGCCUGGACCCCAAGGCUCCUCUGAAGGACUUCAAGGAGGCGCUGGCGCAGCAGGAGGAGUUCCAGCAGCGCGUGGCGGAGAUCAAGAGCGAGGUGGAGGCCUUCGCUGGACGGUUCCCCAUGCCUGGGCUCCCUGAGCUAUAGAGGACAUUCCCCCCCCCCUCUGAGCUAUAGAGGACAGCCCCCCCCCCCUGAGCUAUAGAGGACAGACCCCCCCCCCCCCCCCCUCUUGUGACAUGUGCUUGUAUCUCAGGAGAAAACGGUUAUCACAGCAGUUAUCGCCAAAUGCCACAAGAUAUUCCCAGAUGAGGCCUUAAUACAACAUGUGUUUGUGUUGACGAUGUUAAGCCGUCCCGCACUCUCAUUUUUCAUCAGUCUAAUGUUGGCCAAUGAUUGUGAUACAAAAGCUUAUUUAUAAAAUCCCACUCUCAAAGGACACUUCUGGAUUAUUUUAACCUAAAUUAUAUUUCCUUGUCAUGUUGGGUCUUGAGUGUUAAUGCAGAAGGCAAUCCUUUACAUCGGUCCAGCACUGAGCGAGAACGUUGGAAGCCGCAAUUCGUGAAAGUGGAUGCAAUGUAAGCCUUUAAGGCAACCAAUUCUGUAAGUGUAGCUCUAGUUACAGCUCUGGUUAUAGCUCUGGUUAUAGCUCUAGUUAUAGCUCUGGUUAUAACUCUAGUUAUAGCUCUAGUUAUAGCUCUGGUUAUAGCUCUAGUUAUAGCUCUGGUUAUAACUCUAGUUACAGCUCUAGUUACAGCUCUGGUUAUAGCUCUGGUUAUAGCUCUGGUUAUAACUCUAGUUAUAGCUCUAGUUAUAGCUCUGGUUAUAACUCUAGUUACAGCUCUAGUUACAGCUCUGGUUAUAACUCUAGUUAUAGCUCUAGUUAUAGCUCUGGUUAUAGCUCUAGUUAUAGCUCUGGUUAUAACUCUAGUUACAGCUCUAGUUAUAGCUCUGGUUAUAACUCUAGUUACAGCUCUGGUUAUAGCUCUAGUUAUAGCUCUAGUUAUAGCUCUAGUUAUAGCUCUAGUUACAGCUCUGGUUAUAGCUCUAGUUACAGCUCUAGUUACAGCUCUGGUUAUAGCUCUAGUUACAGCUCUGGUUAUAGCUCGAGUUACAGCUCUGGUUAUAGCUCUAGUUAUAGCUCUGGUUAUAACUCUAGUUACAGCUCUAGUUAUAGCUCUAGAUAUACUAGCUCUACUAGUGCUGGUGUUGCCGCUGACCUGCUCUGACCUGCAUUACACGAGUCUGACAACAUUAACGGAUCCCUACAGUGGAACCCAACGUUGGCUCAUCUCUGACUCGAUCGGGUGUGUUCGUUAUUGAGGAUAACGAUGUCUCAAUCACAGAGAAGUCUCUGAAUCGUGACUAGUCUGGUCAGCUUCACUGUUGUUUGAACCUUGACCUUUUCAGAGCGAGGCUUUGCUGUGAUCGAGACUUGGUUACGCACAAUAACGAACCACCGGGUCGAACCCAAGGGGAGUGCUAUGGCCCAGUUGAUUGCAUUACAUCCAGUUUGGACCAAUGUCAAAGAUUGUUGUCCACAUUGGUCCCCAACACCCAACAUGACUUGGAAAUAGACUCCAGGUUCAAUAGUCCCCAGGAUUUCCUUUAAGUCCUGAGUGUUGGUACAAUACAAACCUCUGAUACAUUCACUUUUCUUUUUUAAAAACGACACAAUGUAUGUUGCUGGCAAUGGCAAUGUAUUUUUUAUGGAAACCUAUUUCUGAUGUUGAUGUAAAAAUUGCAAUGUAUUUGUCCAUUGGCUAUAUUGUAAUGAAGAUUGAUUUUCCAAAUCGAUAAAUUUUCUCAGUUAAAAUCGUCAUG